AUUUUUCCUGGUUUCAUUUUCUGGUUCAUCAUCUGUUUUAUUUGUUUCUUUUUCAUUUGAUUGUUUUUCGGUAUUAAUUGUCACUUUUUGGUGUUUAAUUGUUGACAUUAAUUAUGACAAUUAGAUCAAAAGUGAAAAAAAAAUUUACUGGAGAUGGUUGGAGAAUUUCAGCUGAUUGUCCAUAUUGUUUCUGUCUUUUUUUAAUUAUUGGUAAUAUUUUAUUCAACAUUCUGGUCACUUCGUCUUCCGCCGCUUAUCGGAUCAGCCUUUUGAUUGCAAUUAACUUUCUUCUGGUCUCAAUUAGUAAAUUCAAUUUUCUACAACCUGUGAUUCAAUCAUUUAUUAUUGGUCUAAUUGUAACAAUAGGUGCCAAAUUUUACAUUAAUGAAUCUUCCUGGUUUAUUUGCCCUGUUCUUUGGGCAUUUAAUUAUAUUUCAUACUAUCGUUUUGGAUCAUGGGGACGUCAAUUUAGAAACUCUUUUACACCAUGUGAAAUGUUAAUUGUUACUCAAGGAGCAUUAAUUUGUCUAACACAAUCUACUCUCUGUGAACUUGGUUCAUUUGUACCUGCUCUCUCCUUAAGCUGUUCCAACGAUCUUACCACUCGUGUAUUACAAUUACUCUUCUUUGGCUUGACUAUUACCGUAAUUCUGAUGUCAUACUCAGCUCGUAACGAUAAUCUCGCCAUGGUGUAUACAAGUUUGGUCACUGGUCUUCUAGUAAUGUAUUCACGACUUGCAGUUAUCAUCAACAAAGAACCAUUAACUUGGUUGUUUCUAGAUGUUUUUUUUACUCAUUCUCGUAUACACCUCUUCGAGUUAUGGGCUUGUCUUUUUAUCUUUACGAUAUUUUUCUGUGUCAUUGUUGAAGCCUUUGCCGAUAAUGCAGCUAACACUGUGAUUCGAAAAUUUUUCCACCUCAUUGUGAUUCCUGUUUACGCUUCUGGACUUAAAUACGACCCGCCGAUGCUUUACUUUCUCUCAUGUUGCCUUCUAUGGAUUCUCAUUGUUCUAGAGACACUUCGUAUCACUGAUCCAGAGAAUGGAGGAAAAGCAAUUGUAUUUUUCAUGGAGCGAUUCAAGAAUGAUAAUGAUCGUGGUUUCAUCACGCUAACUCAUAUUUAUCUUUUGAUUGGCCUUUCAUUAUCAUUAUGGAUUUCACCUAAUAUUGAUAAGAUAUCGUUCAAUUUUGCUUCCGGGAUGAUAACGGUUGCUGUUGGUGACACGGCAGCAGCGAUUAUCGGGUCUCGUUUUGGUAAACAUAAAUGGCUCAAUUCAAAUAAGUCAAUUGAAGGAACCCUUGGAUCCAUUUUAUGUCAAAUAAUAGCUUCCAUUUUAAUUAAGUUUUACCUGAAAGUUUCAACAAACAUCCUUGUCAUCACCAUACUAUCAAUCAUUUCAUCAAUUAUCGAAGCCAAAACAAUUCAAAUAGAUAAUUUAAUCUUACCGUUAUAUUUUAAUCUUCUAUGGCUAAUUGCUGCUGUUUUUAAAUUGAUUUAAUUAUUUUCUUAUUGUCCUUACAGGAAUUAACCAAAUACUCUCAUAAUUGUUAUAUUGUGAAAACAAAAUCUCAUUUAAUUAUGAGACUUAACACUAUUUCACAAAUUAGUCAAUUCCGUUAUAAAAUUUUCUAUAUAUUUUUUAAUUACCUUGUUAUUGGAAAUGAUUAAUUGAUUGGGUCCUCCAAUAACCUUUUAAUCCACUUACAAAGUGUUGACAGUCAACAAAUAAACAAAUCAAGGUUGAUUAGAAUCAACAAAAAGGAAAUUAUUAAAUCACUGAUUUUGUAUUGGUAAAUGAUCAAUCUAAUUGUAAUAAGUAAAUACCAGUCACAAACUGAUUAGGCAAUUAAAUUAGAAAAAUAAAAACUAAUUUACAAUACAAAACAAGAGGGAAAUAAAAUGACCAAUUGCUUGAAAAACAAUCAACUAAUUGCCAACAAUUAGUAAAUAAACUGUAAUAACCUUUUCCUUUUUGAGUUGGAAAAAAAGUUGAAAUGAAAUUUUAUUAAUCUGAUAAUCUGAAGAUUUGAUCUUUAAAUUAAUCUAAUAAUCUUGAGAGUUCAUUGAAAAUGAACUCAACUGAUUAAACAGAAAUUAAAUACGAAAAGUUGAUUUAUCAACUCAAGGCUAUCAGUUAAUUAUUACUAAAUAAACCAUAAACAUCUUGAUUCAUGUUUCACUCUCGGUCAGUUAAACUCAUUUCAUGAUGAUAAUCAUGAUAAUCAUGAUGAUGAUCAGUCAUAAUCAACCUUGAGUGGGCUGUUCCUAUGUGAUUCAAAUUCAACUUGAUUUAAAGUUAAUUGUGUUAAGUUGAGUUGAGUUUGUCUUUGUUACUUUAACAUUAAACAAAGUGGAUUAAAAUUAACAAUCAGUUUUUGUUUUUUCCGUUGUAAUUAUGGUUUAAUUGUCAUUUAGAUUUUCAUCUUUAAUUGUUUUUAAUUGUUCCCCUUUUCCUGUCAACAAUUAACAGAGAGAAAAAGAUGAACAUCAUUUGUUAACAAACAACAACAAUUAACAUCAUCAUAAUGAUGAGAUUUUAGUUUCAUCUCUGUCUUUUUCGUGUUAACCAAUUGUCUAACAAUUUACUAAUUGUGUUUUCAUUUCAAUCAAAAUCACCUUACAAUCAAAGUUAAAAUUUGACUGACAACAAAAGUUUACAAUUGAUUUAAUUGCUGUGACAAUUUGCUCCAAGAAAAACAAAAUCAGAUGGAUCUCAAGAAAGGAAAAGUUCAG